AUGGCACCCAAGUCCAGUUCCCUUGCUUCUGCCGUGCUGUUACUCAUAGCAGAGGCCACUGCACAGGUCUCGAAUGCACACGUAGCCUUUACAACACUUCAAGAAUGGUACAAUCCUUCAACUGGUUUGUGGGAUACUGCUGGAUGGUGGAAUGGCGCCAAUUCCAUGACAGUCAUCGCAGACCUUGCGGCAGUUGAUGCUAGUAUUGUCCAGGAUGCAAUUCAGAUUUUCGAAACAACAUUUAGUGUUGCUCCAUCGGUUAAUCCAAGCGCUGGCAUCGAGAAGAAUAUAACCGCCCAUGGCAUCAUGCAGACAACCUACCCGGCUGGAUGGCCUGAUGAUACGAUCGUUGCUACAGCUGACCCUACAAACUCCACGUCCUGGCUGGACGGUGCAAAUGACGACGCAGAAUGGUGGGGUUUGGCCUGGAUUGCUGCGUACGAUGUAACGGGGAACGAGACAUACUUGAACUUAGCGGAGGGUAUUUUCAACCAGAUUGCUAGCGGAUGGGGGACGAAUUGCGGAAACGGUGGCAUCUAUUGGGAGACCACUAAUCACUAUGUCAACGCCAUUGCCAGUGAACUCUUUAUUUCACUAGCUGCACAUCUCGCCAAUAGGGUGUCUGAUAGCGCUUCGACGUAUAUUGCAUGGGCAGAAGAGGCAUGGAAUUGGUUUGCAGCCACUGGAAUGAUUAAUUCGGAAGGCACCAUCAACGAUGGCUUAACAAGCGACUGUGUCAACAAUGGACAGCCAGUAUGGUCUUAUAACCAAGGCGUUAUCCUCGGUGGCCUGGCCGAACUCAAUAGAGCGUCACCGAACCAGUCAUACAUCCACUCAGCGAACACUAUUGCUCAAGCCGCCAUCGCGGCGCUCGCCGACUCGGACCAUGUUAUUCAUGAUACAUGUGAACCUAAUUGCGCCCCAGACGCCACUCAGUUCAAAGGAAUAUUCAUACGGAACUUACUACUCUUACAUCGAGCGUCUCCACAUGACCUCUAUAGAGAGGUGAUUGAAGCCUGCGCGACUAGCAUCUGGGCAAAUGACCGUGAUACAUCCACCAAUCAACUUAGCAUUGACUGGGCAGGACCAUAUGUGUCCUCAGCCAACUCUUCAACACACAGCUCUGCGAUGGACGCACUUGUAGCGGUUAUUUCGGUCUAG